CAGUGCUCCCCACCCCCCCUUGCCUGGGGCACUGUUGGGGUUGGUGAGCAGGAUGGGAAGGGGAUGGUUGCAGUCUCUGGGAAACACCCCUGCCCAAGUGGAUGCCAUGCUUGGAGGUGCCACCACCGUGCCCCUGUCACAGCUGAGCUUCCUGCCCCUGCCUCUUCAGAGCUGGCAGCAGGGACCUGCGGCUUCGUGCUUCAUCUCAAAGGCCAAGACAAUAGUGAGGUGAUUGCUCUGCCUUAAGCUGUCUCCAAAAACACGGGCUGGCAGCCUGUCUGAGGCACUGUGUGGCCCCUUGGCUUCAGCCCCUCUCACCACAGCUCUUGGGGUGCCUGGUUUGGGGUAACCCCAUUGUGAUGGCCAAAGUGGGGACUGCAGGGUGCAGGAUGAGUCUCACAGCCCAUGUUAGGGUCUGAUGGGUCACGGUGGGUGCAAGGUGCCAGCAUGCCCAUGCUGAGCACGAGAGAGGGGACAGUGCAGGGGACCAGAGGGGCUCGGAUAGCCGGGUCUGCCCUAGCAGCAGGGCAUAAUCCCCUUCCCAUUGCUGGUCCUUCGGAGGGCAUCUCCCAUCUGCAUGACCCUGCUUCCCAACAACUGAGGGGCUCAGCAUCCCUUUGCCCACCUGUUCCCUGAGGAUUAUUGAUCAGAGACACCCAGAGCAGCAGCCCUGCAUGCCGGGGAUGGCAGGAAGCCACCAGGGGUCACCUCGCUCCUGCUGGGCAUGGAGAGGACGUGAGCGGGGACAGAGUCUUUUGUCUUGCUGCUGGGCCAUGGGAGUCUGAGAGCAGCUGGUCCUUGCCUCGCUGCCAACAGCCACCAUGGGCUGCUGCUGCAGCUCAGACUAUGAUGAGGACUGGAUCGAGAACAUUGACAUUUGUGAGCACUGCAACUACCCCAUUGAGCCCAACAGCAAGCCCCAGAGGCUGAUCCACAACGGCUCCGAGGUGCAAGACCCACUGGUGUCCUACGAGGCCACAUCUCCACCGUGCUCCCCACUGCAAGGUAUGGUCCCCACUGCAAGGUAUGGUCCAUGGCGGGGACAGCCAUGGCUAACAGUUGGCCACUGCCACCCUGUCCCUCUGCCCCUCCUCCCAGAUAAGCUGGUGGUGGCCUUGUACAACUAUGAGCCCAAGCACAACGGAGACCUGGGUCUGCAGAAAGGCGAGAAGCUCCGCAUCCUGGAAGAAAGUGGGGAAUGGUGGAAGGCUCAGUCGCUCACCACUGGCCAGGAGGGUUUGAUCCCCUACAACUUUGUGGCCCUGCUGAACAGCCUGGAGCCUGAGCCGUGGUUCUUCAAAAACAUCAGCCGCAAGGAUGCAGAGCGGCAGCUCCUGGCCUCAAGCAACACACAUGGCUCCUUCCUCAUCCGAGAGAGCGAGACCUCCAAAGGCUCCUACUCACUGUCGGUGAGGGACUUUGACCAGAACCAGGGCGAGACGGUGAAGCACUACAAGAUCCGCAACAUGGACAAGGGGGGGUACUACAUCUCCCCCCGCAUCACCUUCAGCAGCCUGCAUGAGCUGGUGGAGUAUUACACACGCUGCUCAGACGGGCUGUGCACCCGCCUGGGCAAGCCCUGCCAGACCCAGCGCCCGCAGAAGCCCUGGUGGCAGGAUGAGUGGGAGGUUCCACGGGAGUCGCUGAAGCUGGUGGAAAAGCUGGGAGCAGGGCAGUUCGGAGAAGUCUGGAUGGGUUUCUACAAUGGCCACACUAAGGUGGCCAUCAAAAACCUGAAGCAGGGCAGCAUGUCACCCAGUGCCUUCCUGGCAGAGGCCAACCUCAUGAAGAACCUGCAGCACCCACGACUGGUGCGGUUGUAUGCCGUGGUGACAAAGGAGCCCAUCUACAUCAUCACAGAGUACAUGGAGAAGGGCAGCCUUGUGGACUUCCUCAAGACCUCAGAAGGCAUCAAGCUCAGAAUCAAUAAACUGCUGGACAUGGCAGCGCAGAUCGCUGAGGGCAUGGCCUUCAUAGAGGCCAAGAACUACAUCCAUCGCGACCUGCGGGCCGCCAACAUCCUUGUGUCGGACACCCUGUGCUGCAAAAUUGCCGACUUCGGGCUCGCCCGGCUCAUCGAGGACAAUGAGUACACGGCUCGCGAGGGGGCUAAAUUCCCCAUCAAGUGGGCAGCGCCAGAGGCUAUUAAUUACGGGACAUUCACGAUCAAGUCGGAUGUCUGGUCCUUUGGCAUCCUGCUCACAGAGAUCGUCACCUAUGGCCGGAUCCCGUAUCCAGGGAUGACCAACCCUGAGGUGAUACAGAACCUGGAGCGUGGUUACCGCAUGCCGCAGCCAGACAACUGCCCACAAGAGUUGUACGAACUGAUGAUGCAGUGCUGGAAGGAGAAGCCCGAGGAGCGUCCCACCUUUGAGUACAUGAAAAGCGUGCUGGAGGACUUCUUCACUGCCACUGAGGGCCAGUAUCAGCAGCAGCCAUAAGGACAAUGGCUUGGGGUGCCCAGACCUGCUCCCCAUGCACCAGGUCCCCACAGACUCUAUGUACAUCACCUGGGGUGUUCACCAGCGCUGCCUGGACCUCAGCAGUAAAGAUUUGAAGUGCUUCAA